GCAACUCUUCAGCACUUAAAUAGUUUCAUUUUCUUGAAUCAAGAAAGUGAAAGAUAUUGAGUUAUGUGGGAAGUGAUGGAGGACUGGAGUUUGCAGGCAAUAGUCCAAGGAUCGAGCGGCGAGUUUGGGAAGAUGGAAAUGGAGGCUCCUGAUUCAUUCUUCCAAUCCGAUCAAGAUCUUGGCGACAUCUUCAAACCAUUUUACCCGGAUCAAACAAACGCCGCUGAGGAUUACACGCCCAAGUACAAGAAAAGGAAGAAUGAGCAUAAGAGAGUUGUGGUUAAGGUUUCAGCUGAGGGGGGGCUUUCCUCUGACAUGUGGGCUUGGCGUAAAUACGGCCAAAAACCUAUCAAGGGAUCGCCAUAUCCAAGGAGCUAUUACAGCUCAAAGGGAUGUUUGGCAAGAAAACAAGUGGAGCAAAGCUGUACGGAGACAGGGAUGUUCAUAAUCACCUACACGGCGGAGCACAGCCACAGCCAGCCCACGCGCCGGAACUCCUUAGCUGGCACAGUCAGGCAGAAGUUCCCCUCCCCAAAACCAUCCCAUAAAUCUCAGCACCAAACGGAAAGGGAUGUUAAACCGGUGAUCAAAGUGGAGGAGAACCCCAAACCCGACCCACACGAAUUUGUUUUCAGCGAGGAUUUCUUUUCGUGGCUAGAGGAAUUCGAUGAGUUCGCUCAGCCAUUUUCUGUGUAGCUGGCUUUAGGAAUUCUUCCUUUUUUCCGAUGUAAGAAAUAUAGUCGCUCAACUCAAAAAUUGGCGAGUUAGAAUGUCCAAACUAAUUUUUUUAUUAUUUUGUCUUAAGAUUAUUAA